UUUGUUUUACAUCAUUUUGGAGGUUGAUAAAAGAAAAAGAAAAAAAUGAUCUCAAUUCAGCGCAGUGGACUGAUGGAACAGUUAAAGCCUUGUGAUAUAUGUUCAGGAACUUUGGAUUCUAUCAGCAGUUUCCAUGACAACACUGAUGCCCAGCUGUAUCAGCCUUUGGGGCAACAGCAUCAGUGAUGUGUGAAGGGGAAGCUUGCUUUCACAGUCAACUGUUAGUUUUUACAAAAAUCCUUUACACAAGCCUGUGUAAAUGAAUGCAAAUACAUGGCAAGCCUGAUCAGCAGAAGCCUUUGUUGUAGAAGAAUCAGUGGUGUUCAGCUAUGUCUUACAGUGAAGUUUAUGUGUUUGGAUGAAUUUCUAUGUUACAAAGGCAUUCACACAUUUCUGUUUGUGUCAAUUGGAUUGAAAAAUCUAGCAACAAAGAAAAAUACAAAACCAGUUGAAAAAUGGCAGAGGAUCUUUGGUCCCCUAUAGCUCACGUGUAUGACCCCCUUAUGGCAGGGAGUAUCGAUGGAACAGACGAUGUUGCCCACGACCAUGGCAUAGUGCGAGCACUCAGUUGUAAAUAUAAAACUAACAAACAGGUUGCUGGAGAUCCUAGUAGGACAAUUUUUGCUUCCAGACUGAACCCCAAAACUGAUGAAAACAGCCUCCGUAAAUGUUUCAGUGAAUACGGCCAAAUUAAGCAGUUACGUCUUGUCCGGGAUAUUGUUACAGGAUUUACACGAGGUUAUGGUUUUAUAGAGUAUGAAGAGGAGUAUUCUGCACGAAAGGCCUUCGUUCAAGCGAAUAAAUCUCUGCUGGAUGGCUCUGAAAUAUUCGUUGACUUUGAACGGGAACGAAUUUUGAAAAACUGGGUUCCUCGUAGACUUGGGGGAGGCUUUGGUGGAAAUAAAGAAUCAGGGCAAUUGCGUUUUGGCGGUAGGGACCGGCCAUUUAAGAAGCCAAUUAUUGUCAAUUCAGAUAGUAACAGUGGAUAUAAAAAAUGGGACUACAAAGAUAGCUCCCACCAAAAGAACAGGGAUUUUCAACACAAAGAUGGCAGGUUUGGCUCUGAAAGGGGAGGGAAUUAUUCUCGGAGUGAUAGCAGAGAAUUUAGAGAUAGAGGGGACAGAGGUGGGAAUUCUGAGAGGAGCUACAGAAGUAGAGAAAGAGGGAGAGAGAGUUUAGAGUCUAAAUACAGAGACAGAGGUUAUAGAAAUGAGGAGAGAAGAAAUAGAUGAAAAUAAAUUAUUUGAUUUAUUAUUUUCAAGACGAUGGAGCAUAAGAAAUGAGAGAGUACCAGAUUAAACACCUGGCAGUAUUUAAUUUCAUCCCUCUAUGUUCUGAGUUCAAAUCACACUGAAAUCAAUAUUGACUGACCAAUAAAAUAAAUAUUAGGUACGUACCAACUAGAGAACCUCCUGGGGUUGCUCUGUCCAAUUGAAGUAGCACCCAAAUCUCCUUAAAAAAAGGAUUCAUUGGGCAUUGGUGCUGGUAUAGCUUUGUGGUUAAGCAGUUCACUUCACAACCAUGUGGUUUCAGGUUCAGUCCCACUAAACAGCACCUCAAGCAAGUGUCUGCUACUAUAGCCCCAGGCUGACAUAUGCCCUGUGAGUGAAUUUGGUUGACAGAAACUUUGUAGAAGCCCAUCAUACACUUACAUACAUAUACAUAUUUGUGCAUGUGCGUAUCUGUGUUUGUCCCUUCACUUUUGGACAACUGACAUUGAUUUGUUUAUACCCACAUAACUUUGCAGUUCGUCUUAAGAGGCUGAUAUACUAUGCACCCAAUUUUAAAAAAUAAGUCUUAAGGUCAGUUUGAUUGGCUAAAUCCUUCAAUGUGGUGUCGCAGCAUGGCCACAGUCCAAUGACUGAAACAAGUAAAAGAAUAAUGUAAUCCCAUUUAUACAACACAAUUGGAUAAUGACAGCUGAGACUCCUUUGACUAAAGUUCUGUUCAGUCAGCACUAAUGAAGGGGUGAAUGACAUUAUUAUUAUUAUUGAGUGAGAGAGCAGUGUAUGCCAUCAAAGUGACACUGGGGUAAAAUAUACGAAGCCCAGUAUACCCAUCAUGACUACCCGUCUGAUAAAGGUACACUAGGUAUACUUCAUUUGAAUAAAAAAAGAUAAAAAUAAACUGGGUGUUUGUGGUAGCAAAUGUUUUAGUAAAUAUAGCUCUGCUGAAUUAGGCCUGACCUGAAGUUAAACCACAACUAUUAACUAACAGAAAAAAAAACCUUCUGCAGUGAUAGCUUGAAAGAAAGUACCUGCUAAAUGCUAAUGGCUUUAC